AUGGCUUGCGAGAUAAGCAUAUUAACCAUCACUCAGCAAAAGAUGCCUUUGAUAUGUUUCUGGUCAGACAAUCACCUUGUGGUUCUACUUCUUCAAUAUUUUCUUUCUUUCUUUUCUCUCUCACUUCCUCUUUACCUUUUUCAUUUCAUCUUCUUUCUAUUCUUCUUCUUCUUCUUUACUUACUCCUUCCUCUGCUUUAGCUUCUUUUCAGGAUCUUCAUUUUAUUACUUUAUUAUUUUCCUUUCUUUAUUUACUUUCCUCUACUUUAUUUUCUCUUUAUCUUUCUCUCCAUUUUUUAUUUUCUUUUUUUUUUAUCUGCUCCCUUCUCUGCUUUAUUUCUCCUUUUUUCCUUUUCAUUUUUUCUUUCUUUUUCUUUAUUUGCUCCCUCUUCUGAUUACAGAGAGAGAGGAAAUUAAGGAGAGUAAGAAUACUCUCCUUAAUUUCCUCUCUUCUCUGCUUCAUUUUCUCUUUUUCUUCUUUAUUUUCAUUUAUUUUAUUUUUCUUCAUCUACUUUCUCUCCUGCUUUAUAUUCUCGUUCUUUUUUCUUCCUCUUCUGUAAAUUACUUCUUUCUAUUUUUCAUUCAUUCCUUCUUCUGCUUUAUUUUCUCCUUUUUUUCAUCUUCUUUGUGUUACAUCUUCCUCUCUUUUAUAUCGCUUUCUUCAGUCACUCUCUUCUCUGCUUUACUGUCUCCAUCUCUUUAUCAUAUUCUUCUUUUGUAUUCUUUUCCCUCUUUUUCUUUCUCUGUUCCCUUCUCUGCUUUACUGUCUCCAUCUCUUUAUCAUAUUCUUCUUUUGUAUUCUUUUUCCUCUUUUUUCUUUCUCUGUUCCCUUCUCUGCUUUACUGUCUCCAUCUCUUUAUCAUAUUCUUCUUUUGUAUUCUUUUUCCUCUUUUUUCUUUCUCUGUUCCUUCUCUGCUUUACUGUCUCCAUCUCUUUAUCAUAUUCUUCUUUUGUAUUCUUUUCCUCUUUUUCUUUCUCUGUUCCCUUCUCUGCUUUACUGUCUCCAUCUCUUUAUCAUAUUCUUCUUUUGUAUUCUUUUUCCUCUUUUUCUUUCUCUGUUCCCUUCUCUGCUUUACUGUCUCCAUCUCUUUAUCAUAUUCUUCUUUUGUAUUCUUUUUCCUCUUUUUCUUUCUCUGUUCCCUUCUCUGCUUUACUGUCUCCAUCUCUUUAUCAUAUUCUUCUUUUUGUAUUCUUUUUUUUUCUUUUUCUUUCUCUGUUCCCUUCUCUGCUUUACUGUCUCCAUCUCUUUAUCAUAUUCUUCUUUUGUAUUCUUUUUCCUCUUUUUCUUUCUCUGUUCCCUUCUCUGCUUUACUGUCUCCAUCUCUUUAUCAUAUUCUUCUUUUUGUAUUCUUUUCCUCUUUUUCUUUCUCUGUUCCUUCUCUGCUUUACUGUCUCCAUCUCUUUAUCAUAUUCUUCUUUUGUAUUCUUUUCCUCUUUUUUUCUUUCUCUGUUCCCUUCUCUGCUUUACUGUCUCCAUCUCUUUAUCAUAUUCUUCUUUUGUAUUCUUUUCCCUCUUUUCUUUCUCUGUUCCCUUCUCUGCUUUACUGUCUCCAUCUCUUUAUCAUAUUCUUCUUUUUUGUAUUCUUUUCCUCUUUUCUUUCUCUGUUCCUUCUCUGCUUUACUGUCUCCAUCUCUUUAUCAUAUUCUUCUUUUGUAUUCUUUUUUCCUCUUUUUUCUUUCUCUGUUCCCUUCUCUGCUUUUACUGUCUCCAUCUCUUUAUCAUAUUCUUCUUUUGUAUUCUUUUUUCCUCUUUUUCUUUCUCUGUUCCUUCUCUGCUUUACUGUCUCCAUCUCUUUAUCAUAUUCUUCUUUUGUAUUCUUUUCCCUCUUUUUUUUCUCUGUUCCCUUCUCUGCUUUACUGUCUCCAUCUCUUUAUCAUAUUCUUCUUUUGUAUUCUUUUCCCUCUUUUUCUUUCUCUGUUCCCUUCUCUGCUUUACUGUCUCCAUCUCUUUAUCAUAUUCUUCUUUUGUAUUCUUUUCCCUCUUUUUCUUUCUCUGUUCCCUUCUCUGCUUUACUGUCUCCAUCUCUUUAUCAUAUUCUUUCUUUUGUAUUCUUUUCCCUUUUUCUUUCUCUGUUCCCUUCUCUGCUUUACUGUCUCCAUCUCUUUAUCAUAUUCUUCUUUUGUAUUCUUUUCCCUCUUUUUCUUUCUCUGUUCCCUUCUCUGCUUUACUGUCUCCAUCUCUUUAUCAUAUUCUUCUUUUGUAUUCUUUUCCCUCUUUUUCUUUCUCUGUUCCCUUCUCUGCUUUACUGUCUCCAUCUCUUUUAUCAUAUUCUUCUUUUGUAUUCUUUUCCUCUUUUCUUUCUCUGUUCCUUCUCUGCUUUACUGUCUCCAUCUCUUUAUCAUAUUCUUCUUUUGUAUUCUUUUUCCUCUUUUUCUUUCUCUGUUCCCUUCUCUGCUUUAUCUUCUUCAUUGCUUCUUUUUCUGA